AUGGCAACCUCUGUAUCUUCCUCAGCCCCUUUGGCAGAGCUUUUGCUCACCGCCGAAGUCAAAAAGUUUCUCGAAGUUUGGCGAGCGGAAUGGAACAUGUUGGCGGAAAGCGACUACUUGGUCCGUCGCAAGAACCUCGAUGACUUGGCUUGGAAGCUCCAGAGGCAUCUUAUUGCCAUGUUUCCUUACCUGCAGGGAGGACUGACUGAUGUAGAGGACGCUAUUGUAGUUGUCUGGAAGUACUUUGAUCCGGACGGAAAGCUACUUGAGGUCAGUGCCGAGGAGCAGGCGGCACUGCCUAAGCUCAACUCAUUUCCGUGGAGCCAUUGGACGGACUGGGGGACCUUCCUUCAAGAAGAAAAGGCUGCGAUUAUCAAUGCCAUGCCGGAGUGUUGGGAGAAGUACAAGGCGGACAAGGUUGCAAAGGGUGAGGAGCUAACUAUAGAUGACCAGCGACCGUGUCCGGAGGAUGGCACAGAUGCUCGAUGGCUGGGACACUUGAGCCGGACACGCUCCCGGAUGUGGGCAGCGAUGUCUAAGGACGAGAAGGCCAAGUACAAGAAAGUGGCUGAGGAUUGGAACCGGAACAGUGCCCCCCGACGGAUUCAGAAAUAUGCUUCCCAGAAAUGGUUUUCGGAAUACAUGCGGCGGCAUAAACUCUUUUGUCUUUGUCAGUUCGGAGCAGAGAUGGUGACGUGGGCCGGAUGGGUGAACAAUGAGGGUGUUUGCAGGGUUGCGCACUGUGGGCAAGCAUACGGUGGUGAUCCGCACUCAUUCCAUCGUCGCGAUCCGGUGGCCUUCGAUACCGACCGGAAGAGGUGCAGGAAAGGUGAAGUGCCUUGGCCCAAACGGUUCGUGUGGCAUGUCGAACAGCGUUUCCUGGAUGCCAAGUCAACUCGCGCGUCCGACCGUGUGGAGCUCGAUCUUACAGAGAAAGGGUAUCCGAAGCUGCCGGAUAACUGUCUUUCAAUGAAGCACGUCCUCACCAAGGAUAUGAUGCGUGCGUUCUUGGAGAUCAUUUAUGUUCUUGACACCGGAUCGACAAAGCCAGUCCCCUGGAAGAGCCUCACCCCAGUCAUCCAGUCCGAUGGUAUACUUGCACCACUGCCUUACCACCUGCAUCGGCCACUGCCGGAUGGAUUGAUUCUUCGCGAUCCGAGCAAGAUGAACAUCUCCGACAUUCGGACCAUCUUUGGCGAAUGGCUGAAGCACCAGGGUGAUGAGGAGGAUCCAAUUCACUUCACCCGUCCUCUUUCUUCAGGAUCAACCCCCACCCCCACUACAUCAUCUGCUCCGGCUCAGGUUGCCCCUUCUUCUCACUCUACCACCACACCUGUUAACUCCACUGCGGCGGUGACUCAGGAUGCACCAUCUGGAAGUCGCAGCUCCGACACUAGCCCCUCUUCUGAGGAUUCUCCCUCUGCUGAGACUGCCCAGUCCGCUGCUGAGACAACAUUACCCGUUGCCGAGCCGGUUGGUGCACCAUCGGCCACUAGCCCGUUGUUAGACACCCAGGCAGAAUCUGCCUCAGGACGACUGUGGCCAUCCGACCCGAGCCAGCUGACUAGCCAGCCAGAGGUGUCGGAUGCCAACAAGGAGAACUGUCACGGAGAGGGGCCGGAUAGAAGCAAAGAGAAUCCUGCAGUUGAGGCUCCAGGUGUUCAAACACGGAAGAGACGGCAUGACGUAGUGACGGAACCCAGGAAGACUUGCAAGAUCGGCGGACACGACAACUCACCUAGAGCUAGCCGCCGAAUUAAGGGGCUUCAACCAGGGGGUGCCAAGCGAGACGGCCUUAGAAAGAACGUCGGAAGGCCGGAUCGUCGUCGUAACUGA